AAGUUUCGGUUUCACUUUUAAUGAAAACGUCCUGCCAACUACCCUACUGGUUGCUUACGCCUCCUUAUUUUUCCACGGAGCUAACAUGCUUUGAGGAUCAACUCUGGUAUUAUUAAAAGAAAUCCUUGUCGGUUUUAGUAGUUUUAAGGGAGGAUGUUAACAGCAAAGUGGAUUUUCUUGAUAUGGGCUCUUACUGCAUCCACGGUUGGCUCUGCAGAUGACCCAGGCCCCUACAGAGAACUGGGUACCACAGUUGUUAUCAGUGCAGGCCCAGUGACUGAUAAGGUUACCAGCAUUGUAUGGAAACAUGGACCCGACAUUGCAGCCGAGUGGUUAGGAUCUAGUGUUUCAUGCUAUCGUCAUUUUAAAGGUCGGUGCCAAUUAAAUACAGCAAAUGGAGAUUUCACAAUCAAAAAUGUGACUCGAGAGUACAGCGGAAAAUACACAGCAGAGAUCUCUGACUUGGUCAAAGGUACUACAGAAAUUCGGAUCAUUGCUCCGGUUCCCACACCUACCAUCACCACAUGGUGCAACACUGAGAAGACCUGUGUUCUGACCUGUGAAGGCGACAUCACAGACGCUGGACAAGUCCAGUAUUUCUGGAUAAGUGGUGACAUGGAAGCAAAACCCGGAAGCAAAACCUUGAACAUAACUCAGGAGCAAAAAGAGGCCGAGUUUGAAUGUAGCCUAAAAAACCCUGUCAGCCAAAAAUCCAGCCAAAAGGUUCAAAACCCUUUUAUCAAAGAUGACCCAGGCCCCUACAGAGAACUGGGUACCACAGUUGUUAUCAGUGCAGGCCCAGUGACUGAUAAGGUUACCAGCAUUGUAUGGAAACAUGGACCCGACAUUGCAGCCGAGUGGUUUGGAUCUAGUGUUUCAUACUAUCGUCAUUUUGAAGGUCGGUGCCAAUUAAAUACAGCAAAUGGAGAUUUGACAAUCAAAAAUGUGACUCGAGAGGACAGCGGAAAAUACACAGCAGAGAUCUCUGACUUGGUCAAAGAUCCUACAGAAAUUCGGAUCAUUGCUCCGGUUCCCACACCUACCAUCACCACAAGGUGCAACACUGAGAAGACCUACUGUGUUCUGACCUGUGAAGGCGACGUCACAGACGCUGGACAAGUCCGGUAUUCCUGGAUAAAUGGUGACAUGGAAGCAAAACCCGGAAGCAAAACCUUGAACAUAACUCAGGAGCAAAAAGAGGCCGAGUUUGGCUGUAGCCUAAAAAACCCUGUCAGCCAAAAAUCCAGCCAAAAGGUUCAAAACCCUUUUAUCAAAGUUUCAGGAACUGCAAAUCCGGCUCUGUUUGCUCUGUUAUUGCUCAUCCCGGUUAUCCUCAUUGUUUUUGUAUGUUUCGUAUUCAGAAAAAGGAUCAAAGAAAAGUUGAAUUCUGGACGGUGGUGUAACAGGAACAAAGGAGGACAAGAAGAAGAAGGGCAACUAGAAGAGAUUGAAACAAUGCUUCAUAACACUAACACUGAGAACGCCCAAAUUCAUUCAGCAAACACUAGUAGUGAGAAUCCAGACAUGAAUUUACAGAAUGGAGAAGCACCCACACCACUUCAGACAUCCACUGGGACCUCAGAAACCAACACUGGAACUGAGAAUCCAGACUGUAAUUUACAGAGUGGAGAAGCACCCACACCAGUCCUGACACCCAUUGUGACCUCAGACACCAGCACUGAAACUGAGAUUGAAAUAAUGAUUCAUAACACUAACACUGAGAACGCCCAAAUUCAUUCAGCAAACACUAGUAGUGAGAAUCCAUUCGUGAAUUUACAGAAUGGAGAAGCACCCACACCACUUCAGACAUCCACUGGGACCUCAGAAACCAACACUGGAACUGGAGCAGUUGAACAAGAUCAAGUACAAGCAGAGAACGCCCACAUUCAUCCAGCAAACACUAGUAGUGAGAAUCCAGGAGAAGCACACACACCAGUCCAGACACUCACUGGGACCUCAGACACCAGCACUGGAACUGGAACUCCACAAGACUCACAUACGUGUGAGGAGGACCAUGAACAAACAACUGCAAACCAUGAUGGAUCCUCAGAAACCAGUACUUGAACUGCUGAGUCAAAUCUUAUCGCAGACCCAGAGACGAAGGAACAGACAGAAAAGGACCAACACCGAAGAUCUUUCUGCAUCUUCAUUGUUCUCUGUUCUCUGUUCUGUAAAGAAAAUAAGAUGGUGGUAAAAGUGUUAGAUGCAGACAACUGCAUCCAAGACCUGAGAUUUCAUUGGAUAAAUAUUUUUCAUUUUAAUAAGAUAUUUUAGAAGUGAUUUUACUUUAAAUGUUCAGAUUUGACUUUAAAAGGGUUCAUUUCUGCCUGAUAAAAUCAUUUAAAUAGGCCAUUUUAAGCAACACUACACAUUUCUCAGUGUGGUACCCCCUAAUGAAGUCUAAUUCAGCAUGUUUCUUGUCUCUUCUCAGAGCUCUGUCCAGCCAGUAAAAGUCAGUCUGAUUUUGACCCUUGACUUAGCUCUUUUUCUGUGACUCUCACUCCUUCUUUUCCCCACUUGCUCCAAUGAUAGCCUCUUGGGUUUCUUUGCUGAAUUAGCCAUGGUGCGAGUUUAAAAUGGUGUUGAUACUGUUGUUUUUUUUCCUUUUCAGUUUUUUUUUUAUUUGCAUGAUCAGUCAGCAAGGUCAUCCGUUGGUGUAUUGCUUGUUUUGUUGUGUUACUAGUGUUAUUGCUAAAUUAUAAGUGCUUUUGUUUUUUUUAUUAAGAUUAGCAACUACAUUGUCUUUGAUUUACUUUUGUUUUUUUUUUUUUCUAAAUAUUAUUGGAAAACUUUGAAACUGAAUUAAUUUUGUUUAUCAGUUGCUGCCUUGUUAUGAAUGGAUGUGUGGCUGUAAUAAUGACUGUAAUCAUGUUGCUGUACAUAAUGAAUGUCAGUGUGCCAUCAAAACAAGACAAAGAUUUUGUUAUUGCCUUGCAUCUAGGGAAUUUUUUUAAACUUUUUUUAUGUUAUAGGUUUUCACAUGUUUUACAUGUGUAAAUGAAAUGUACUUUUCUUUCACAGUCUUGUCUGUCUUUGCACAAAGUUUUUGUUUUUUAAAUAUUUAUGAUACUUGUUACUCGGGAUGCACCGAUCCGAUAUUGGGUAUCAGUGACCAUGGGCCCAGUACUUCAGUGCUGUGCACUUUGGGUGCCGUCAUGCGCUACUGACGUGGAAUGAGCAAAAGGAUUAGCCAUCUGGAACUUUUUCACACUACCUCACCCAACACAUUCAACGGCUUCGUGCAAUACGUGUGCUGGGAAUGUUUCGAAAAGCUUGAGAAGGUCAACAACACUGAGUGGUAUGUUGUGAAAAAGCUUGACAAGUUGGGACUAUCUGAUUUAAUUUUGUUUGUUUUUACCAAGCUGGUGAAAUUAUUGUCUUAGUCAGCAGCUUUUGUAAUGGUAAUCAUAAUACUACGCUACACUAGCUUUAUUGGCAGGAUGGGGGCACUCCAAAAUCUAAUACAAUAAAUAAUAGUUAAACAAUUUUAUUUUGAAUACUUACUAGCCAAUCUAGUGGAGCUAUUGUUUAGUUUUAUUCUUCAAUUUCAGCUCUUUUAUUACUUAUUUUAAUUGAAGUUUGAAUUCCUAAUUAAACUGACUGAAAAAUUCAGUGAAGGUUUUGUAGUUGUUUAUUUUUAAAAGUUGUUUGUCCAAGGUAAUCGAGCUAUUUGGGUGUUUUGGUUUUUACAUGUUUGACCAAGCUUGUGAAGCUUUUUUAAGGUUGUUAAAGUUGAUUUAAGAUUAAAUUGUUAAAUAGGUAAUUCAGUACAUUUGUUUAUAUGUGUUUAUUUUCAAAAAUUAGGGAAAGAAAUCUUUAAGUCACGUCUGAUGUUUCCUUGCACAAAAGAAAGAUCUCAGUCUUUUCCACAGGAGACAUAAUUUGUAAGGUAAUUCAGCAUUGUUUUUCUAUAUCGACAUCGACCGAUACUAAAUCUCAGAUAUCGUAUCGGACGUGAAAAAAGUGGAUCGGUGCAUCUCUACUUUUUACUUGAUUGUAUGCUUUUGUUUUUCUGCAUCUUUUACAUAUGAACUGCAUCUGUAUUUUGUAUUAAAUUAAGUAAAAUUGUUUAUUAAACCAAAGAAAGUC